AUGACUGAAAAGCAAGCCCCACCGAAUAGAUCAGAGUCCUCCCUGACAGAGGUUGGUUCUGAACGCGCUCGUACAACGCAGCCUGCCGAAAAGGAGCCCGCUCACAUCGAGCAACAACCAGAGAUCGAUCCUGUGCUGAGCAAAAGAAUCACCAGAAAAUGCGACCUUCACAUCAUUCCCUGGCUCUUUGGCAUAUGGCUGUUCGCUUUCAUCGAUCGUUCUAAUAUCGGUAAUGCUAGAAUCGAUGGGCUCACCGAAGACCUGAAGCUCACAGGAACGGACUUCAAUGUUGCCCUGGUCGUUUUCUAUGUCCCAUACAUAUUGGUGGAUGUUCCUUCGAACUGGAUCGUGAAGCACUUCAAGGCAGGUCGCUACUUGCCCUUCCUGAUCACCAGCUGGGGAGUGGUCAGCACUUUUCUGGGAUUCACGAAGUCCUAUGGUGGUCUUGUUGCCGCAAGGUUCUUCCUGGGUCUGUGUGAAGGAGGUCUCCUCGGCGGAAUGAUUGUGUAUCUGGCUAUGUUCUAUCGUCGGACGGAAAUGCUGUACCGAAUUGGACUGUUCUACUGCGCAGCUCCGCUCUCUGGCGCCUUCGGUGGCCUCUUAGCAACUGGACUAGCCAAGAUCAAUACUGGAGGAUAUGAUGGUUGGCCUUGGAUCUUCUUCAUCGAGGGCGUGAUCACAGUCUGCUUCGGAAUAUUAUGCUUCCUCUUCAUGCCGAACACCCCAGCCGAUGCCAUAUUCUUCACAGAAGAGGAGAGAUCCAUGGCUCAGGUCCGCAUGAUGCACGACGCACAUGGCAGCACGAAGCACUCGGAUGUCAACAACGAGAAGUUUGAUUGGCACUGGGUCCGCAUGGCGUUGUUAAGCCCCAACACCAUGUUCUGCUCCCUGGCCUGGUUCUUCCUGUUGGUUCCGCUUUAUAGCUUCUCCCUGUUCCUCCCCACGAUCAUCAAGGCGUUAGGGUACUCGGCAACCAAGGCGCAGCUGUUUUCGGUACCUCCAAAUAUGUGCGCAUUCGUUUGUGUUCUCAUCACGGCCGGGCUUUCCGAUCGUCUUCGGGCGCGUGGACCAUUCAUGAUCGGCGGCGCCAUCGUCGCCAUUGCGGGGUACAUCAUGCUUCUGGUAGCGAGCAAGCCUGCGGUCCGAUACGGCGGGACAUUCCUUGUUGCUAGCGGUGUCUUCACUGGAUCUCCCAUGGUGAUGGGAUGGCUGUCGAACAACACAGCUCCACACUUCGUACGGGCGACGGCAAGCGGCUUUCAGAUCGCAUUCGCAAACUGUGCAGCAUUCAUCGCCACGUUCACUUACCUGCAGAAAGAUGGACCAGAUUACAAGCUCGGCCACAGUCUCAAUAUUGGGGCAUUGGUGCUUUGUAUCAUUACCGUGGCGGCGGGCAUCUUCUACUGCCGAUGGGAGAAUGCGAAACGAGAUCGCGGAGAAAGGGACCAUCGUCUGACCGACGAAGAUGAGUCACGAUUAGGGCACCGACAUCCCAACUUCCGCUAUGCCAUCUAA